AUGCUUAGUGCCUUUUUGAAAAAUCUUCAUUCUUUCCCAAAACCAAAUUCCGGGUUCAGAUUUGUGAUAGUCACAGGCAACGAGAGUUGUGACCUGGAUAGCAUUGCCUGCGCAACCUGUUACGCCUACAUAAAAUCGAAGGAGGAUCUAAGCGAUAAAGCCAUCUACAUCCCCUACUGUAAUAUACCUGAAUCUGACCUCGAUUUGCGCACGGAAGCCACAUUCUGGUUGAGAAACUGUCAGAUUGACAAGAAGGACCUGUUUUUCACCGGCAGCUUGGAUUGGUUGUUGACUCCAGAAUACGCAAACAAAUUAUCGGUCAUUUUGGUUGAUCAUUUUCAGAAAGAAUCAGGCAAUGCCUUUAAAUUCUGCCCUGUUGUUGAGAUAAUUGAUCACCACCCUCUUCUAUCAAGUUAUCGAAAACCAGAUACAUGCAAAUACUUUCUGGUCGAGAAAGUCGGUUCCUGUUCCUCUCUUCUAGUCCACGAACUUUUCAAUCGACUUCCGCGAGUGUUGACACCACUAGAGCUUUGUCAACUGUUGUAUGGUGCAAUACUGAUUGAUACUGACGGGCUGUCGCAACAGGCACUAGAUAUUCAGAAGGCGACUCAGAAAGACGUGGAGGCUGUGCGGAAGUUAGAAGCCUUUGCUGGAGCGGAAUUGCUCGCUAAGGGGACCACGAGGGCAACCGUUUACAGCGAGAUCUUGGCGGCCAAAUUUUGUAUCGAUGGUCUUUCACUUUGGGAUCUACUCCGGAGAGAUUGCAAAAAAGUUUUUGCUGGCUCCGAAACCCACCCAGAUAUUGUGUGUUCCACAAUCACAGGAAUGGACUUUAAGGAGCUUUUAGAGCACCGCGAAUUUAGCCAGGAGGCAACUCGAUUUUGUGAGGAGCAGAACGCACGGGUGCUGGUGUGUGUGACGGUCGGACUGACCUCUCUAUGCACUUGCGACCAAUCUCAUGAUGAUCCAAUCGCUACACCGUUACCCAGAGAAUCUCGUCGGGCCGUUGUUGUCACUGCUCCUGCGCAGCAACGCAAUCUCUUGGACAGUUUGUGGGCCUACCUGAUGGCAAAUGCCAAGGAGUUUCUCUUGGACCGCCCUUCGGACGGAAAAUGUAGCUGCAGCAACAGUGGUGGCGAAGUCGAAUCCGGUGUCUAUGUUGCCCUCAUCACUAACAAGGCAGUCACUCGCAAGCAGUUGAUUCCAAUUCUCAUCGACUUCUUGCUCUCCCAGAACCCUACGUCUGUCUCAUCUGGUCUCUCUAAGCGUCCCAGUUGGUGGAAACGUCGCAGCGAUGUGAAAUUGCAUGCUGAGAUGUUACCGAUUGUUCGCACAAACUCUUCGAAAUUGGGCGUCAGGUUCUGUGUUUCCUUUCACCUACGCGGCACUGACGCAAUUGCCAUAUGGGUUGGGGGGAUUGAGGGUUCUCAUGCGCCCAUAACUACUGCUGCUGCCAAUCCUACCGCCUCUGCCUGCCAAUCUGUUUCUGUAUAUGUUUGCAUUCGCGUGACAGCGGUGUGUCACAAAUCGCAAAUCACUGCCUUUGCGCAACGCCCUUGCUGUCAUCCUGUUUCGACUUUCCGUUUGCUCCCCAGGGGUUUUGCCUUCAAGAUUGAAGUUGCCUUCCGAAGUGGAACUUUUCAAACCACUCUGAGGCUUUUCCGUAAGUUGCACAAAACUCGACUUGUUGUCUUUAAGGAUGAUGAUCUCGCUCUUGCACAAACUCGAGCAAAAAUAAACGAGGAAUUUCGCGAAAAUGCGAAUGUAACGGAUCUGGCGAAACUGGAUGAGUCUUCGCUAACUGCUCUCGGUGGUUUCUCUCCACAGCUUUGGAACUUCGGGGAGGAUAUCAAUCGGCUUCUUCGAAAAACGGUUAUUCAAUGUGAAUAUGAUGAGCAGACUGGGCGAUAUAGGUGUCAGCUAGAACACACGCACGCACGUGCGUUUGUUUGGCCCUCCGUGACUGGCCCAGCCGCGGCCAAUGAUCGCGUGCCUAGGCGACUGCGGAUUGAAGGCGAUAUAAAUACGCACAGGACCGAGCAUUGGACCGCGCUGUUAGUACUGAUCUCUCGCUCCGUGCACGUGUAUCUUCUCUCACCUCGUUAUCUAACCAAGUAG